AUGGGUUUCUCCUUGUCGCAUCAAAGCAAGACCAAUCUUUUAGAUAUAAUUGGCAACCACUAUUCAGACAGUGUCAUUAAAGCUGUUAAGGACGGUAAGAAUCUGCAAGGCACUGGUGAUAACUGGGAUAUGAAGAUUCAUGUUCAUGAGAUGCAAUCCUUCCAUCAGAAUCAAGAUCUUCAUUACUUUGCAUCCAACCCGAUUGUUGAAAGAGUGCCAUGCCAAAAUCUUUCACCAAAUGCACCUCGAAGAGAUAUCAUAAAGCUUCCGCACUCAGUUUUCCUACUUAGUGACGAAGAAGAAAUUAAGCUACGGGAAGAUUUUAAAGUGUUGGUUGGAAGAGUCCUUGUCGCUGGUAUCCAAAGUUUAUCGUUCUUCAAGAGUGUGAUAACAGAACACAUUCCCCAUAAAUACCAGAAAGAGAUGUCAGAAAAAUCGAUCAUUGUUCCUCUGCCCAUGCAGCUGAAAGACGAGAAGAAGUACAGCGACAUAGUUGACAUCCUCGAUUAUUAUGAAAACGAGCUGGAAUGGAGGAUAGUUACACCAAGGCGAAAGUUAUCGAGAAACCAGCCAAGCAGAAGCAACAACAACCCGUAUCGAUUGAAGGGCAGUCGUCAUUACCAGAUCAACCGAGAGUGCAUUACAAUAGGGUGGAUGAAAGUGAGCAUAUGA